AUGAUGAAGGUGCACCCUUCUUCAAAGAAACGAACCAACCAUCGUUCCCAAAACGCCAUCGUUUCAUCGAACCCGAACCCAAACAAUACGAAGAAGCUUUGGAGACUUCCGCACGUGUUCGCCAGCGUUCUUGAACUCCCUCUCCAUUCAGACGACGACGUUUCGAUCGACGAAACCACGCAGUUUCUCCGAUUUGUUGCGUGGUGCAAGUGUAGAGGCUCUUCUUCUUGUGGAGUGAGUGCAGAGGCUGUAGAGAUUGUUCCUGGAAUAACCAAGAUCGUGAUCAAGGGAAUGGACGGUGGAGAUUGUUUUGCCCAGCAGUGCUAUGGUUUUCGGUUUAGGCUUCCGCCGUGGACUAGGCCGGAGAUGGCCACGGCGGUUUGUAGCGGAGGAAAGCUGGUGGUCACGGUGCCAAAGACCAAGACCAGAGGGAAUUGA